AUGGCAGUUUUUAAAUUGUUGUCCUUUUUAAUUAUAGUGGGCACAGCAUUGUGCCAAAGCCAAGGUCCCAAAGUUAGACUAGCGAACGGCGUCCUGCAAGGUACAUGGAGGGAAUCCACAAAAGGGAGGAAAUUUGCCAGCUUCUUCGGUGUACCCUACGCACAACCUCCUGUUGGAGAGAAUAGGUUUAGGGAGCCGCAAGCCUUGAAACCCUGGCCAGGAGUAUGGAACGCUUCGAACCUUCUUUCCCCGUGUCUUCAAUACGAUCCCAUCCAAGAUGGAAUCAUAGGUAGUGAAGACUGUCUCUUUGUGAAUGUCCACACGCCCACACCAUGCGAUGAUGCUCUGCUGCCCGUGGUGAUCUUCAUCCACGGCGGAGCCUUCAUGUACGGCGCCGGGGGACAGUACGAUGGAGUCCACAUGAUGGACAGAGAUCUGGUCUUCGUCACCGUCAACUACCGUUUAGGACCUCUAGGUUUUCUAAGCACAGGCGACAAGCAGAUCCCUGGCAACGCAGGUCUGAAGGACCAGUCCUUUGCUUUGAAGUGGGUGCGGGAUAACAUCUUGAAGUUUGGCGGCAACCCUGACAGUGUCACACUCACUGGUUGUUCAGCCGGCGGCGCUAGUGUGCACUACCAUUAUCUUUCUCCACUUUCUAGAGGUACAUUCCACCGAGGAAUUGCAUUCAGUGGCUCUGCGUUUUCGUCGUGGACAUAUUCAGUUAAGCCUGUGGAACAGGGUAAAGCUCUUGCAGCUAUCGUCGGUUGCUCCACCACGGACACUCGGGAAAUGGCCGAGUGUUUGAGGAACAGACCUGGAGAAGUUCUUGUCAAUGCCCAACUGCAGAUGUUUACCUGGGAUGUGAACUGGUUUACCAUGUUCACUCCAACAGCCGAGGCGCCAGAUGUAAAGAACCCGUUCCUUACUAAGUACCCCUACACUGCGACCCAGGCUGGUGACAUGCAGUCUCUACCGCUCAUCACAUCUGUCACUUCUGAAGAAGGAUUAUACCCUGCUGCAGCCUACCAAGCCGACCCAAGCGAGAUCUUAUCAGAGCUGGAGGCAAGAUGGGAAGAACUCGCCGUCUACAUCUUCGAGUACAACAACACCCUGCCACUUAAACUACGCGCCAAAGUCGCGCAAAAGAUCAAGGAACAAUACUUGGACGGCAGACCUGUUAGUCAAGAUACAUAUGAUGAGCUUGUUCAAGCUCUGGGAGACCGUCUGUUCGUUGCCAACGUCGGCAAGCUUGCUCAAAUUCACGCUCAAAAAUCACUCCAACCGACAUGGGUUUACCGUUUCUCAUACAGUUGGCAAUACAGCUUCUCUAAUGUAAUGGCCAAAGAUGAAAACAAUUAUGGUGUAAGUCACGCUGAUGACGUUAUCCUUAUCUACAAGUUUCUUUCCAAGGACACAACUCGACCGGAAGAUUUAAAGAUGAGAGAAAUCCUUCUAGAUAUUGUCUACAGUUACGCUUCGUCAGGAGUACCAAAACUACGGAACAAGACAGCCUGGACACAGGUCAAGCCAGGACAAGCUAAGUUGGACUAUCUAGAAAUAGCUGGACCAAAGAACAUUAAAAUGAAAUCCAGCGCUAACUUUGGAAAUAAAAUGUUCUGGGACAGUCUAGGCUUUACUGAAAACGAAAACUAUAACAGUGACGCAAAAGAAUAGUCAGUAAUAUUUUAGAAAACUUUAGUAAACUGGUGACAACAAUUGAAACCCUUAAUUAUAGCUCCUAGUAUGAUUUCCCUUAUAAUAUGUAUUUGUUUGUUAAU